ACCGGAUGUUAGCGGAUUUCCCAUGGUGCCUCGCUAGUGGCGGGCAUGAGAGGAAACUGCAGAGGGUCGCCAGCGGGUUCUAGUGUUCAUUGUUGGAGUUGUUCUCUCGGCGCCGCGGGGCUCUACGAGAUUGGCGCUCGGUCGCUGCGUCGUAGGCUGGUGCAAUGGCGCUUUUCCGGGGCGUGUGGAGCGUGCUGAGUGCCCUGGGAAAGUCCGGAGCGGACCUCUGCGCGGGCUGUGGAAGUCGACUGCGCUCUCCUUUCAGUUUUGCGUAUGUACCAAGAUGUUUUUCAUCCACCGCGAAUUGUUACCCAAAGAAGCCUCUGACUUCAUACGUUCGAUUUUCUAAAGAACAGCUACCCAUAUUUAAAGCUCAGAACCCAGAUGCAAAAAAUUCAGAACUAAUUAGAAAAAUCGCCCAACUUUGGAGGGAACUUCCUGAAUCAGAGAAAAAAAUCUAUGAAGAUGCUUACAGGGCAGACUGGCAGGCAUACAAAGAAGAGAUAAACAGAAUUCAAGAACAGUUAACUCCAAGUCAGAUCAUGUCUUUGGAAAAAGAAAUCCUGCAAAAACGUCUAAAAAAGAAAGCAUUAAUAAAAAAAAGAGAGUUAACAAUGCUUGGAAAACCGAAAAGACCUCGCUCAGCUUAUAACAUUUUUAUAGCUGAAAGGUUCCAGGAAACUAAGGAUGGUACAUCACAGGUAAAGCUGAAGACUAUAAAUGAAAACUGGAAAAAUCUCUCUAGUUCUCAAAAGCAAGUAUAUAUCCAACUUGCUAAUGAUGAUAAAAUUCGUUAUUAUAAUGAAAUGAAAUCUUGGGAAGAACAGAUGUUGGAAGUCGGACGAAAUGAUCUUCUACGUCGCUCAGUAAAGCACCAAGGAAAAGAUGACACUGAGGAGAAUUAAAAUAGAAGAUUGAGUUAUGUUCUUAAUGGAUAGACAUAAGACACCAAUUAGGUCUCAGUACCUGACGCUGUUGAAAAUUAGAAAGGAUAAAGUUGGUGGACAUUUUAUAUUUAAUUCCUUUUUCUUUAGCCCAUGGACUUCUGUCAGUUCAGUUCAUUUUGUAUUAGUAUCUUGCUUUGGAAAACCCAAACAGAUAAAAGUUCAUGCAAAAUGUAUUUUGUGUUAAGGAACUACUGAGGAUCAAAAUAAUCCAUGAAAUGUAGCAGUGAAUCAUUUUACCUUUGAUAAAGGUAAAUCAGACUGUGAAGUUUUUUUUAUACUUGAUGACUGGAAAGAGUAUUCUUGUUUCCUUAUAUGUAUGGAGGCAGGAGUUUCAUAUUCAAAACUGUCCCAAAUUGUAGAAGUCAUAGUGUUCUGUGAUAUAAUUGUACAUUUUAAAAGAGCACCCACAACUCCUCUAGGUAAAUUCCAAUUCCUAGGUAUAAUUCAUAUAUUCAGAGUUGAUGGUUGUACAUGCAAGGAAUUGCUGAUUUCAGUUGCAAUUUUUUAUAAAAGGGAGAAAUUUAUAAACCUUUUCCUCAUUGUCUUAAAGUACAAACCAAGAAAUUAUGUACCAAAUCUAUGCAUAUUGUUUUAUACUGCAUAGAAUAAAAAUUUUAAACGUUUCCUAAUUAUAUGUUUUAAGGUGAAACAUUCAUUUUGCAGAUUUUGUUUUUUUUUUUAAGUAGAGAUAUGUAUUCUGAAUUAUUUUCUCUUUUUCAUGUGAGUAUAUUUAUCCAGAAAGUAGAUAACUUGUCUGGUAUAAGCUUUAAAAUGAGAGAUCUAAAAAACAAAAGUCUUUGAGGACUUGGAAUUUAAGCGUUUUUGUCCAUACAAGGCACAGCCAGUUCUGGCCUAUGAACCAAAUCCAGCCCAUUGCCUGCUUUUCAUGGCCUGUAGGCUAAGGAUUGUGUACAAUUUUAAGUAAUUAAAAAGAAAGCAUAUUUUAAGAAAAUUAACCCGCAAUUCUGUGUCCAUAAAUAAAGUUUUAUUGGAACACAGUUAUACUUUCUCUUUUACUCAUGAUUUGUAGUUGCUUUUGUACAACAGUGAUAGUUGAGUAUUGUUUCAGAGACUACAUCUUUACAAAACCUAAAAUAAUUACUAUCUGACCCUUUACAAAGAAAGUUUGUCAGCCUGUGGUCUAUAGUAUAGAGUAGUAUGACUAGUGUUCCAAUGUAUAAAUGUGUUGGGAUAGUUCUUUAAAACUCAAGAGAUUCUUGUUUUAGGAUCUUUGUCACCAUUAGCUUAAGAGGAAAGAAGUCAAACCACUGAAGAAGCUAAGCAAACUUGCUCCACAGUGUUAGCAAGGAAAAUUAUCUUUAGUUUCAAAUUACAUUGCAGUAUAAUUUAAAAAAGGUCCCUCCAGCCUGGAAUGAGAUUCUUUUAAAAGUAUUUGCUAUGGCUUAGUGAUAUGAACUUUAAGAAUUUUCCAGUUAGCACGUAUCACAAAACCCUUAUCAACUAUUAGCAUUUGUUUAUCCUCUUAAGAGAGUCAAGUAAAGGUUUUCAAAAUCCAUACCACCUUUUUGAUGAAAAUCAUUCAUCUUUCAUCAUGAGUUCAUAGGAACAGGAUAACUCAAAAUUUGUAUGUGCUUUAUAUUAAGAUCAAGAAAUGGUAGGUAGCCUCUAAAUUUCCAGAAGACCUUCAAAGAUUUUUGUUGUUUCUGGUUAGAAAAUCAGUAAGAAGUCACAAAAAAGGUGACUUGUUAUGUAUACUGAGUUUGAUGUAUACUGAGCUUGACAAAGGUAGGGACUGAAAAGAAAAAUAUAAUGAGGGAGAAUAAGAUUUAAAUGUAUAAAAUUGGGUGUUUUCAAACAACUGUCCCCUGUGGUUACAAAUACAGGACAGUCUGCCAUUAGUUAAAUAGAUAGACUAUGAAAACAAAAUAUAUAUACUACGGUUCUAAGGCUAGAGUAUUUUGGGGAAGAAGAGGAGGUACGCUAUUGUGUAUCAGUCUUUCUUAUUUGGAUUUCCGGGAGAGAAUUAAGCCCUAACUCCCUGAGGCAUCUAGAAUGAUACUGAUUAUAUACCACCUUUAGGAGAGUGGAGAAAGUCAUCAGUCAAAUAAUUUACUGUGUCCUGUACUUCAAAUGAGCCCAGGGAGCACAUGGGAGUCAAUGCUGGUAGUGAAUAUUAUAGAAUGAGUGAGAUAGAGAAAGGAAUUUUGUAAAUACUUGACAAAUGUACAAAACACAUCUUUGCAAUUACAUUCUAAGCUCUUGUAGCAUUUUACCUAUGUAUGCUAUUUUAUACUGAACACAUUUAACACAUUCAAAAUAAAUCUUCCUAAAUAUAUUGGGAGGUUCACUAUCUAGUAAGUUCUCAGGUAUUUUACCCUCAUAUAGGAAGAAAAAGUAUGGAAUAAUGGAAAGAGCUAGAGCAGAACAAGAUUUUGAUAAUACCAAAUUUUAUUAGGUUUGCUUUGUUUCUAAAAGAAUGUUACUGUUCAUACUUUAAAUAUUAGAAUAAUCUUAUCCCACACAUUUGUUAAUAAACUUUAGUACAUGCUGAAUACUAGUAUGCCAAAUGCCAAAUGCCACCUAGGUGAACAAUAUACAGUUUCUCUUAAAAAGAACAAGCACUUACAUCGGUAACCAGUGGCCACUCACAUAAAGCCUUUUUAGACUUAAGUUGCCCCAACAAAGUAAUUGCUAUAGGAAGUACAGAAGAGUUUUAGAGAGAAAGAUGCUGAAGAAACGAAACAGUAGUGUUUAUAUUGUUCUAAGCAGUUCAUCAUAAAGAGAUUUUUGUACUUUUGUUCAUAGGAGUACCAAAAUUAGGUUUUAAAAAUAAUUUGAUGACAAUAGAGAACUGUGAUUAUUUUACUUUCUGACAUUUACUCAAAGGAUAUCGUGUGCACAGUCAGCCUACUCUAAUCAUGUAAUUUUGCUAUUGUUUUUGGCUAACUCCUUUCUUCGAAAUGCCAUUUUAAGAAUAAGGGAUAUGUUUUUAUGGUUGCUCUGAAUGUCUAUAUUUAAAUUUGUGUAUUAAAAGGGUAUUACCAUACGUGGAUUUAAAGUCACUAGAAAAUUUUAUUUUCCUGAGAUUUGCUGUACCUAAAAUAAUCACCACCAGGUUGUGCUAAAACAUCAUGAAGUUUUUAUAUAGUUAACUGAUGGUACCCAUUAUUCCUCUUAAUUUUAUCAACAUUCAUUUUAAGAAUAUUCUCUUCCUUUCUUUCCUGUCCCCAACCACCUUCCCUCCUUCUCUUCAUAGCACCAGGCUCUUAGAGACAAAUUUGAAAGUGUUACUAAGCACAGACUGUGUUUUGAGAUUUUAAAGCAGUAAUAGCUUUUUAUAAAUUGAACCUUUGGAAAGAAUAAGAAAAUGAACAUAUUUAUUACUUUGAAUUUGUAAAACAAAGCAUAAUCAUACAAAGUUGCUUUCAUCAGUUUCUUAACAUUGUUCACAAAUAAAGUACUUUGGAUAAUUGAUUAAA